GCUCUGGAGCCCCAACCCGAGCUGCACCGGCUCUCAUCAAAUGCUUCAGUUUGGAUAACGCAACACAACACUACGACACACACACACACACACACAAGAGGAAAGAUCCUUUACAACACACAAGGUGAACCCUCCUGGAGAAACUGUAAGAGGGGAAACACUGAACUUCAGCCCAAAGAGAAAGGGAAACAACAGAUCCUCAGGAGGAUGAGCGUGGGUCGGAUUGGUCGUUACAGCAUCGUGUCGACGGAGGAAGACGCCCUGCGUUUGACCACCAUGCAGGGCUUGGGAAUGAACGGCUACGGCAAUGGCAAGAUCCACACGCGGCGGAAAAGCCGCAACCGCUUCGUGAAGAAGAACGGACAGUGCAACGUGCAUUUCACCAACAUGGACGAGAAAUCCCAGCGUUACCUGGCGGACAUUUUUACCACCUGCGUGGACAUCCGCUGGCGCUACAUGCUUGUGGUGUUCACGCUUGUCUUUGUGGUAUCCUGGUUGGCGUUCGGCUUGGCGUUUUGGGUCAUCGCGCUUCUCCACGGCGACCUCGACAACCCGGCGGGCGACGACAACUUCACCCCGUGCGUGCUGCAGGUGAACGGCUUCAUCGCCGCCUUCCUCUUUUCCAUCGAGACGCAGACGACCAUCGGUUACGGUUUCCGCUGCGUGACGGAGGAGUGCCCCCUGGCCGUGUUCCUCGUCGUCUUCCAGUCCAUCGUGGGGAGCAUCAUCGACUGCUUCAUGAUUGGCGCGAUCAUGGCCAAAAUGGCGAGGCCCAAGAAGCGGGCCCAAACUCUGCUGUUCUCGCACAACGCCAUCAUCGCCAUGCGGGACGGCAAACUGUGCCUGAUGUGGCGGGUGGGCAACCUUCGAAAGAGUCACAUCGUGGAGGCGCACGUCCGGGCCCAGCUCAUCAAGCCACGCGUCACGGCCGAAGGCGAGUACAUCCCGCUCGACCAGAUGGACAUAAAUGUGGGUUUCGAUAAAGGACUGGACCGCAUCUUCCUGGUGUCGCCCGUAACCAUCCUCCAUCAGAUCGACGAGGAGAGCCCGCUGUUCGGCAUCGGGAAGCAGGACCUGGAAACGGCGGACUUUGAGAUCGUGGUUAUCCUGGAGGGCAUGGUGGAAGCCACGGCCAUGACGGCGCAGGCCCGCAGCUCUUAUCUGGCCAGCGAGAUCUUGUGGGGGCAUCGCUUUGAGCCGGUGCUGUUCGAAGAGAAGAACCAAUACAAGGUCGACUACUCGCACUUUCACAAGACCUACGAGGUGCCGUCCACGCCCCGCUGCAGUGCCAAGGACAUGAUGGAAAACAAGUACCUGGUCAUGCCUGCCGCCAACUCUUUCUGCUACGAGAACGAGCUGGCCAUCCUGAGCCACGAAGAGGAAGAGGACGCGGCUCUGGAGAGGAUGAAGCCUGAGCGGGCUGUGAGCCUCAGCCCAGAGAGAACACCCAGACAUGACUUUGAUCGACUGCAGAACCCCCGCUGCGCAGACCAACGCUCGUACCGCCGCGAGUCAGAGAUAUGAACCUUCUCAUCAAACUUUCUUCCUGGAGAUACUGGAGUUUCAAACAUGCAGAACAAUGCAAAGUGCCAUACAGAGAGAGAGAGAGAGAGAGAGAGAGAGAGAGAAUGUAUGAAAGGACG